UAGCCAUUCCGUUUCCUUAGUCCUGCAACAUCUCUUCCUCUCCAACAUGGUAUCGGAUGCACAGUCGCUUCUUCAGCGGGUACUCUCUAAUCGAAUCCCUUCACCUUUCUUCUCCGUUUCAUCUCUCCUCCAGUAUUUAACACAACCCAACUUUAGUCCAAGCUCAUCAAUUAGUGUCCUUCUAUAUGAAUCCAUUGUCAAUACCCAUGUUCAUUCCCAGUUGACAGAUGAUGCUCUGUUCUAUUUCCAUCAAAUGCUUGAGAGAGGCCUUGUCCCUGAAGCCGUGACAUUCAAUAACCUGUUGGGUUGUCUGGUUAAGUCAGGCUGUUAUGAAAGGUCCUGGAGUUUUUUCCAAGGAGUGAAGGGUAGGGUUAAAACGGAUGUGUACAGUUUUGAGAUAAUGGUGAAAGGUUUUUUGCGAGUCUGGUGAUUUAGAUAGAGCUUUUAAGGUUCUGGCUCAGUUGGAGGAGAUGGGUCUAUCUCCAAAUGUUGUUAUAUACACUACUUUGAUUGAUGGUUGUUGUAAGAAGGGUGAUAUUGAAAGGGCAAGAUUGCUGUUCAAUAAAAUGUGGGAGUUGGGUUUGGCUGCUAAUGAGUAUACUUACACUGCUUUGAUCAAUGGACUCUUUAAGAAAGGACUGAGAAGAGAUGGGUUUAAGUUAUACGAGAAGAUGCAGCUGAGUGGAGUAGUUCCUAAUCUCUAUACCUACAAUUGCCUGAUGAAUGAAUACUGCAAUGAAAUGAGAAUGGACAGAGCUUCUGCUCUGUUUGAAGAAAUGUGUGAAGGUGGCAUUGUGCCUAAUGUGGUUUCCUACAAUAUUCUAAUUGGUGGGAUGUGUAAAGAUAUGAGGCUCCGGGAAGCAGAGAAGCUGGUCGGUCGAAUGAAAGGAGCAGGCGUCGUUCCAAACUUGAUCACGUAUAACAAUAUCAUAGGUGGGUUCUGUAGCAUGAGAAUGUUUGACAAGGCUUUGAGCUGGUUAGAUGAAAUGCAGUUGAAUGGGCUAUCGCCUUCGUUAGUUACUUACAAUGUUCUCAUUCAGGGGUAUUCUAGUGCUGGUUAUUUAGGUAGAGUGACUGCUUUGGUGAGGGAGAUGGAAGAUAGAGGUUUCACUCCUUCUGCAGUGACAUAUACAAUCUUGCUUAAUACUUAUGUGAAGUCUGGGGAUAUGGAGAAAGCUUUUCAACUUUUGUCCUUCAUGAAGAAUGCUGGUUUGGUUCCUGAUGCCUAUACGUAGGGAGCGUUGAUAAAUGGAUUCUGCAAAAAUGGGAACAUGAAGGAUGCCGCGAAAGUAUUUAGAUCCAUGAGAGAAAUGCCGCUGGAGCGUAGCGAUGUCAUAUACAACACAAUGAUCAGUGGAUACUGCAAUGAAGGUAGCUCCUACAGGGCCUUGAGGUUGCUCGAGGAAAUGGAGGGAAAGGGGAUUAGUUCCAAAUGUGGCUAGUUAUAGUUCCACCAUUGCAGUCUUGUGUAAGGAUGGGAAGUGCCAACACGCAGAAGUGAUAUUGAACAGUAUGAUUGGGAAAUGAUUGAAGCCUAACAUCUCCAUCUAUAAUAAGAUCCACGACGCCAGAUUUGAAACGACUGAAGGAAACUGGGAAAGUGGAGAGAGCCAAUGUCGUGUAGCUUGGUGGAGUGACGAAAACUGAUCUGUUACUCUGAUGUGCAAGCCUAUAUCUGCUCUGGAACAGUUAAGUAAUGCUCAAGCACCAACUUGUUUCUGCUUUCUAUGGAUGUAUAGAACAACCACCUUCCCCUCAAUUAAAUAGUUACGCGUUGAUAUCAACAUUUAGGUAGGAUAUACAGAUGUGGCAUGUACAUUACUGAUAUUGCUGGUUUAUGCUCAAAUACUAUUCAGUACUUUGUGAACAGAUGAAUGUUGAUAGGUCUUACUUGCUGGAAAUGCGAAGAAAGCGUUGGAAAUGCAGCUGAGAGAUCUCUUAUUAUUAUUACUGUGUUGUUAAUCGCUCUGAUGUCCAUCGAUGGAAAAUUUGAAGGUUGAACCCUACUGACCAGCGGCUGUCGAUAUACUUAGCAGUGGUUGUGCAUCCAGUCCAGCAUAUUGAAAACAUGUUGUUCCAUUGUUUUUUCUGCCUGAUGUUGUUGCUCUUUCUGGCUGCCUGACUGUUGCUGCGAGGUAUGCAUGGCGUUUUCUACAUGGGUUAUGAUUCUACUGAUUCUUUUUGUACGUUUCAGGAGGGGAAAAAACAGCUGCCGACUGCUAGAGGACCAGAUAUUUCUUAUGCUGAUAUUGUUUUUCCUUGUUUGUUUGUACCUCUACCAGAUUACCAUGUUGAAAUUGUAGCUUUUUUUCUCCAAUGAACACACCACCAUUUUUGUUGAAUUUUUCAGAGUUUGAGAGAUGCUGGUGACUCAGAGGUCCACUACAUGGCAAGACUUUGGUAAUGGAAGAAAAAGAGUGGUCAAGAAGAAUGGAACUGAAUGUGUAUAUAUAUCCAGGCAGACAUCCUGAGGGAAUCUGUUGCAAAAGACUUUCCCCUAACAAUUAACUUUCUGAUUUAGUGUUGCUUUUGACGUGUAUACUACCGUUUAAUAUGUCUCAAUAUGACUAUAUCUCUGACAUAAAAAAAAAGGUGACGAAUAUUUAUUAGCCAAAUUUUUUUUCCAGAUUCUUUUUUGUUAGUCAAAUUUAUCGAAAUACUAAAACUUAGCCAAACGUUGUGUAAUGCAUCAAAAUGUUAACCUCUGUGUAUCUCUUUCAAACCAGUAUCAUGUUGUCAAAUCAAUAUUCCUAACAAAAUUGCUAACUGAAAGUUAACAAUUGGCUAAUUAUUUGUAAUUCAAUAGAUUUAGCUAAUAAAAAAGAAUCUGAAAAAUGUUUGGCUAAUAAAUAGUCAUUACCCUAAAAAAAAAAGAUAGCAUUUGAUUAUAAAAAAAGUAUUGAGAACUCGAAUACGAUCAAAUGGAAUUGGUACAGAGUGGUGAGAGUUGACUCGAAUGUAGAUUUGAAUUCAUCAAUUUAUGUAUUCGAGUUUUGACAGUUGUCGCUUUUACAUUUCUUCCCUGGUAAGUGGUUGUUGAUCGAUACAAUCGAUGCAUCAAUCUAUAUUACUCUUAGGUUUUGUUAGGCGUUCAUGAGGAUCAAAAUUUACCGGCCGUGAUGGAUUGUUCCUCGUGGUAAAUGAUAUAUGAUUCAAUAGGAAAAACAACUGACAAAUUGAUUAGGAUACCAAGGGAUCAUUCAGACGAGUUAACAUGAUCUAAAUGACUCAUUAUGAGUUACGUGGACAAAAAUAACUCGUUUUACGACUCAUUGCGAGUUGAUCAUCAUUCAUCAGCAUGCACUCACUAUUCACGUGGUUCCAUUAGCGGAAAAAAUGAGAGCAUUUUAAUUGCAACUUGCAAGUGACGCCCAACCUACCGGCUACCGUCCACUAUGUUUAUGUCCGGCAACAACUCCUUUAUGAACUUUAGUAAGGGUAGGAUAUUCUAUUCAAAUUUCAACAGAAGAAAAGAAAUAAAACUUCUACUU